AUGGUGUUCACCAAGAUCUCGGCGCUGGUCCAGACGCAGUGGAGGAUACUACGCAGCACUUUCGAUGCCGAGAGACACGACCGUCGUGUGCAACAACGGCAAGCAAAGAUACUCUCAAAGCAGCAGCGUAGAGCGGCACGCAGAACCGCCCGUGAGGCGCGGCGGGCGCAACGCGCCGCCGAAGCACAUCUAAAUGUUGCCGUCGCAAAUGAAAGUGCUAGUUUUUAUAUAUACGAGCCGAGUGGGGGACGACAAACGACAAACGAUUCAAGGUCUCUUCAGAGACCAAAUUUAAAAUCUGUCGACGAAAUGCCUGUGGUGGCAGAUGUGACCACGGUGGCAGUCGCAAGAGCUAUAGAAGCUGUGCCACAACUCUCCGAAAAGCUCGCACUUGAGAUGGAGGCUCAGCUGGAGCAGAAGCAGCGUGAUUUUAACGACUCAUUUGGCGGUUACAGUACUGUGGAUGAAGACGACGACGAGCUGAUGCCAGCAGUUCUAGUCGGCGGUGGGCAUGCAAGUGACGCCAAGCUUCCAGCCAAGUGGACAGUUGUAGGCAUAAAGAAGGCAACGACUUUAACGCAAGAAUCGGAGGCGUUGUUGCCCGAAGCAAAGGAGCAAGAAGAGGCUACUGGUGCAAGGACUUUGGUGUACUUGGCAGUCUCUCCUUCAAUCGGACCAAAGUCAUUUUCAAGCUCGUCAGAACUGGUAGAGACCGAACCUGAGGAUGAGGAGGUAUAUCUACGUGACAGCGCAGCGUUCGAUGGCUACAAUACGUUUGACGAGGAGGAGAAGUUGCAGAGCCAGUUCACGACACAUCCUAAAUGUAAUGGGCUCUGUGUAUCUCCUUCAGAUAGCUUAUCUACUCAGUGUAGCAAUGAGGCAUCGAUUGACAUUCUUGAAAGCAAGGUUCGAACCAACUGGUGUGGCGUUGGGCAGGAUUGGAAGGUCGAAAAUAAGGACGAAGAUGAGGUUACUGUCGAAUUAUUUUUUGAAAUCGGUCUGACCGAGGAAAAGGUACCGGAACGAUCUUUUGGACUGGAAGAGCUUGACACAAGAACGUCACCCCGGCUGUACAAUUAUACGAAUGAACAUGCAUUAGAGGCUGCUCAGCAUCUGCAUGCUAAAGAUAAAGUGUUCGAAGAGCAAUCGGUUGCGGUUGAUUCCGAAGAAGUAUUGGAGGGUCUGGAGGGUCUGGAGGCUGUGAAGGAAGUUAAUACGGAGUCGAAAGGAGUGUCUAAGGAUGUUGACAUAGUGGAGCGAGAAUUUAUGAUUGAGGAAAAAAAGUCGCUGCUUCCGGCAGAUGACGAUAUGCUUUGUCAGCAGGUGAAUGCUCCUGCAUCACCUUAUCAUUCGCUGGUACAGUCGCGCAUUUCGCCGCAUGGAAUUUACUCCCCAGGCACGAUGGAUGAGUACGGUUGCUCCAUCUACGAAAGUCUUCGAGCGCGGGAACACCGAUACCACGUUACGGAAGACAUCUUCGCUAAGCAACAAAGUGUUCGACCGAAGAUGCGUGCUGUGCUUGUGGACUGGCUUGUUGAAGUGCACCAGCGUUUUGAGCUUGAGGCACAAACGCUGUACCUGACUGUUAACUAUGUCGACCGGUAUUUGGCACAAAUAUCGGUAAAUUCUCAACGUUUUCAACUUGUGGGGGUGGCAGCAUUGUUAAUAGCUUCCAAGUUUGAAGAGAUUUAUCCGUGUGAUAUGGAUGAUCUACUUUACAUCUGUGAGCGGUCGUACUCGAAGACGGACUUGGUUGAUUGUGAAAGAGAUCUACUUAACGUGUUAAAGUUUAAUUUGGCUGUACCGAGCGUCAGCAGUUUUCUGGGGUAUUACCUGGAGCACUUUGAAGAGGAAGACAAACUUAUUGGGCAGCUGGCUAAUUAUUUUGGGGAGUGCUCACUGCUCGACUUCAAACUUGGAGCUAUCUAUGAGCCCUCAAUCGUUGCUUGUGCUUGCUUGCUCGCAGCCUACUGCUACAUCGAGAACCAGACGCCAAACCUUGUGUGGAACUACCGCCUUGUAGAGCUCACGGGCUACGCAGUUGAGGCGAUUGUCCCCUGCACUCAGGACCUGUCUUCAAUUUUGAUUCAACCGACCGAGUUGACCGCCGCCGCGACCAAGUACAGUAGUAUCGAGUUCGGCGAGGUUGCUUGCUUGCUGCUGGAUGAUCUAGAAGUGCUAUUAUUCUGA